AAGGAAGCACACAGUGGUCUGCAGGUGUGCGGGCUGCAGCCAGGAGCGGCUGACGCUCCGACCCCCACCUCCAGCCCCAGCCCCUUGCAGGGAAGAGUUGCCGCAGCCAUGGCGGGGAUGAAGACAGCCACCGGGGACUACAUCGACUCGUCCUGGGAGCUGCGGGUGUUUGUAGGAGAGGAGGACCCCGAGGCCGAGUCGGUCACCCUCCGGGUCACAGGGGAGUCACACAUCGGUGGGGUGCUCCUGAAGAUUGUGGAGGAGAUCAAGCGGAAGCAGGACUGGUCAGACCAUGCCAUUUGGUGGGAACAGAAAAGACAAUGGCUGCUGCAGACCCACUGGACCCUGGACAAAUACGGGAUCCUGGCGGACGCCCGCCUCUUCUUUGGGCCCCAGCACCGGCCUGUCAUCCUGCGACUGCCCAAUCGCCGUGCCCUGCGCCUCCGAGCCAGCUUCUCCCAGCCCCUCUUCCGGGCUGUGGCUGCCAUCUGCCGGCUCCUCAGUAUCCGGCACCCUGAGGAGAUGUCUCUGCUCCGGGCUCCUGAGAAGAAGGAGAAGAAGAAGAAGGAAAAGGAGCCGGAGGAGGAGGUGUAUGACUUGACCAAGGUCGUCCUGGCCGGGGGCGUGGCACCUGUGUCGUUCCGGGGGAUGCCAGCCCACUUCUCAGACAGUGCCCAGACCGAGGCCUGCUACCACAUGCUGAGCCGGCCACUGGCACCGCCAGACCCCCUGCUGCUCCAGCGCCUGCCUCGGCCCAGCUCCCUCUUGGACAAGACCCAGCUCCACAGCAGGUGGCUGGACUCGUCGCGGUGCCUCAUGCAGCAGGGUAUCAAGGCGGGGGACAUGCUCUGGCUGCGCUUCAAGUACUACAGCUUCUUCGACCUGGAUCCCAAGACAGACCCGGUGAGGCUGACGCAGCUGUACGAGCAGGCUCGGUGGGACCUGCUGCUGGAGGAGAUUGACUGCACUGAGGAGGAGAUGAUGGUGUUUGCAGCCCUACAGUACCACAUCAACAAGCUGUCCCAAAGUGGGGAGGCGGACGAAACGCCUGGCACAGACCCAGGGCUGGAUGACCUGGAUGCAGCCCUGAGCAACCUGGAGGUGAAGCUGGAGGGGUCGGCGCGCACAGACGUGCUGGACAGCCUCACCACCAUCCCAGAACUCAAGGACCAUCUCCGGAUCUUCCGGCCCCGGAAGCUGACCCUGAAGGGGUACCGCCAGCACUGGGUAGUGUUCAAGGAGACCACGCUGUCCUACUACAAGAGCCAGGACGAGGCCCCCGGGGACCCCAUUCAGCAGCUCAACCUCAAGGGCUGUGAAGUGGUCCCUGAUGUCAACGUCUCAGGCCAGAAGUUUUGCAUUAAACUCCUGGUGCCCUCCCCUGAGGGCAUGAGUGAGAUCUACCUGCGGUGCCAGGAUGAGCAGCAGUACGCCCGCUGGAUGGCCGGAUGCCGACUGGCCUCCAAGGGCCGCACCAUGGCGGACAGCAGCUACUCCAGCGAGGUGCAGGCCAUCCUGGCUUUCCUCAGCCUGCAGCGGACAGGCGGCGGGGGCUCAGGCAACCACCCCCAGGGCCCUGAUGCCUCCGCCGAGGGCCUCAACCCCUACGGGCUUGUCGCCCCCCGCUUCCAGCGAAAGUUCAAGGCCAAGCAGCUCACUCCACGGAUCCUGGAAGCCCACCAGAAUGUGGCCCAACUCUCGCUGUCCGAGGCCCAGCUGCGCUUCAUUCAGGCCUGGCAGUCCCUGCCUGACUUCGGCAUCUCCUACGUGGUGGUCAGGUUCAAGGGCAGCAGAAAAGACGAGAUUCUGGGCAUCGCCAACAACCGACUGAUCCGCAUCGACUUGGCCGUGGGCGACGUGGUCAAGACCUGGCGCUUCAGCAACAUGCGCCAGUGGAAUGUCAACUGGGACAUCCGGCAGGUAGCCAUUGAGUUCGACGAGCACAUCAACGUGGCUUUCAGCUGUGUAUCUGCCAGCUGCCGCAUCGUGCAUGAGUACAUCGGGGGCUACAUCUUCCUGUCAACGCGGGAGCGGGCCCGCGGGGAGGAGCUGGACGAGGACCUCUUCCUGCAGCUCACAGGAGGCCACGAGGCCUUCUGAAGCCUGUCUUACUGCCCCCGCCCCACUCACCACCUUCCAUGACCGCUCCAAAGCCCACACCCAUUAGGAUUCACUGCCCACAUCCUCUCCAGACGUGCACUGACCGAGCUGGGCACAUUCACCCACUGUCACUGGCCUUGUGUAGACCAGGGACCUGGCUGGGCCAGACUCUUGCCAUCCCCCAGGCUAGGGAGAGGGGGCUCUAGUUUGUACAGCACCCGCCCUUCCCUGUUUGAGUGACCAAGACCAACACCCCUGACCUAGCUGUAGUCCCUGAGCACAUGAGGAAGACUGGCUACAGCUACAGAAUGAUGACUCAUAGGUUCAAACUGGAGUUUCUCUUUUGUUAUCUUUUUACAUUAAAAAAAAUAUUUUAUUGUU